GUUGACUGAACGGUUGUAAUGGUGUUUCGCUCGACUCGACUUCAAUGUUUACAUUGUUUUUCUACGAUAUUUUGAUUCUAUUGUGAGGAUUCCUGAUAAAUUGUGGAGUACUUUGCUCAGUUUUUAAUGUGAUAGUUCCAAGUACCAUUUCUGAGUUUUCCGACUAUGUCUUGUAUAAUUAAGGGCUGCAGAUCACAUACUGGAAGGAAAGAAAAUACGGAAGAAGUGCAAGAACUUAUAACGUUUCAUCGAUUUCCAGAUGAUGAAAAAUUAAGAGGCAUAUGGAUUCAGCAAGUUAAUAGACCUAAUUGGUCUUGGAAAAGCCAUAGCAGAAUAUGUUCAAGACACUUUUCAUUGGACUCCUUUCUGCCAAGUAAAUAUAUUAAGUGGAGGCGGCUUCGACCUAGAGCUGUACCAACAUCACAUUUGGCAGACGACUCAGACGAUGACUUAUACACAGACACUUUGGUACAUUCUCCUGUUCCUAACGUUCCUGUGCAUGUAUCUAAUGUACUGCCAAGUAAAAGUGAUAAAAGGAGGCAUCUUAAACCUGGAGCUUCACCAGCAUCACCUUUGACAGACGAUGGCACAUUCACAGACCCUUUGGUACAUUCUCCUGUUCCAAAUGAUCCUGUGGAUGUAUCAAAUGUACUGCCCAGUAAAAGUAAUAAGUCAAGGCGGCUGAAACCUAAACCAUUAUCACAUUUGACAGACGAGGGCAUAUUCGCAGACCCUUUGGUACAUUCUCCUGUUUCUAAUGAUCGCAUGGAUGUAUCAAAUGUACUGCCAAGUAAAAGUGUUAAAAGGAGGCGGCUCAAACCCAGAGAUUUACCAGCAUCACAUUUGACAGACGAUGGAACAUUUACAGACUCUUUGGUACAUGCUCCUGUUCCUAAUGAUCCUGUGGAUGUAUCAAAUGUACCGCCAAGUAAAAGUAACAAGAGGAGGCUGAAACCUGGAGCUUUACCAGCAUUACAUUUGACAGUUGAUGGCACAUUCUCAGACAAUUUGGUACAUGCUCCUGUUCUUAAUGUUCCUGUGGAAGUAUCAAAUGUACUACCGAGUAAAAGUAAGCAGAGGAAGCUGAAACCUGGAGCUUUACCAGCAUCACAUUUGGCAGACGAGGGCAUAUUCACAGACACUUUGGUACGUGUUCCUGUUCCUAAGGUUCCUGCGAAUGUAUCAAAUGUACCUGAUGCAGAAGACAUAGAAGAUUCAGACAGUAAUAUAGAUGUCGCCAAUAUGGACGUAUCAAAUGUAUCAGAUGCAGAAGACACAGAUGAUUCAGAAACUAAUAUAGAUGUCGCCACAAAAUUGGUAAAGAGACAUUCUAGACAAAAGAAGUCAUCAUCUUCGUCUUCAAGCAAUGUAUCAAAUGUAUCUGAUGUAGAAUACAUCGAAGAUUCAGAUAAUAAUAUAGAUGCCGCCACAAAAUUGGUCAAGGCACCAACCUUCAAUGCAAAACCAAGACAAAAGAGGUCAUCAUCUUCAUCUUCGAGCAAUGUAUCAAAUGUAUCUGAUGCAGAAGACAUAUUAGAAGAUUCAGAUAAUGAUAUAGAUGCCACAAAAUUGGUCAAGGCACCAACCGUCAAUGCAAAACUACGACACAAGAAGUCAAGCAAGGCAUCUUCAAGCAAUCAAGUCGGACCGAAAAUGUCAAGAUUGCAGCGUCAACUAGAAAAAAUUAAAAAAUUUAAAAUAAGUAAAAAUAACACGUGUUCUACAUGCGAUCAGUGCGUCCUACAUGAAAAAACCAUCUUAAUAUUGCAAAAAGAAGUGAAAAGACUUCAAAAAGUUUCUCAUAGACGCAAUGUGAGAAUAAAUACUUUAGCAAAGCGUCUGUCACGCUACAGUCGCUGGACCAUGCUCGAUGAGAUAGAGGCCCCUGUGGCCGAUAACGUAGCCCCUAUGGCCAAUAAUGUGGCCCCUAUGGCCAAUAAUGUGGCCCCUGUGGCCAGUAACAUAGUGACCCCUAUGGCCAAAAAUAUAGAGUUGGUUAUUGUUUGUUAGCUCAAUGACAGUAACUUUACUACUUGGCAAAAAAAGAGUAGAAAUGGCUGAAAUUAAAGGUUUGCAAUUCAAUUAACUUAAAUAAAAAAUAUAAGAUUUAAUGUAAUUUUUAAAACCCCUUGAGUUGCAGGCGUCCAUAGUUUACGGUGGCCGCUUUCCAUCAGGCGGGCCGUAUACCUGUUUGCCACUGGUGGUAUAAAAAAAACUGCAAUGUUUUUCAAGCCUUCGGUAAAUGUGUCAUAUACUUAUAAAUUUCGAAAUUUUUGCCGCCGUGACCGAAUGGCCGAACGGUUCAGGCAUCCGUCGCGUAAACGGAGGAUGCUGGUUCGAAUCCAGCUUUGGACACUUGGAGGCCUUGUCAUUGUUUCUUUGUAUCAUCAUCAUCAUUCGCCUGCCCUUAUCCCAGUCAUUUUAGGGUUGGCUUCUUGUAUUCAUUUAUAUCAGUUUAAAAGUAGUGUGAUGUGACUACUAAAAAUACAAAUAUUUUGUAUGAAAAUAAUGUAAUUUGUUCUAAGAGUAUUGUACACAAACUAAUAUUAUUGUACCUAGUAAUAGUUAACUACAGCAGUAUUUGAUUAACUAAGUUAUUAAGAUUGCCGCGACUGUGCAGGAGGGUCCAUGUUAUGUACCUACCUAAUUACGUCUGUGUAAUAUAUGUAUGCAAUAAA